UGUUCUUCACUCAUUGGCAAUAAGUCUUGCCAACUUGACGUAGUCGAUCGUAGUAAACACAAGCCUGCCUCGCAGCAAGCACAACUCCAAGUUUCUCUCUUCCUACUUCUCCUUCUGCAUCAUCAUUGAUCCAGACUCCAUUCGGAUCUAAACUACGCAUCUACCGAAAAUAUUCCAAAGCGGAUUAUCUAAACAGCUGACCAUCAUAAGAGAUCUUAUUGGACAUAGGAUUAGGGAAUUAAUCCCAGUUAAUUCACUGUGAAGCAACUACUUGAAUAGUUUUGGUGUCAGGGGCAGAAAGGGGAUAUAACUUUUGAGGAGCGUUGUGGAGUCUCGGGAUGGAAUUGAUGAGGGAUUUAAGUAGACUGAUGGCACGGUCACUUAUGUUUUUGUGGUUUCUGGUGUUUGCGCUCUGUGAUGAUGUCAAAGGAACGGCACAAUGUAUGUGCAUGCCAGAACAUCCACAGCAACAGUUCUGCAGAUCCAGUUUUGGUAAUGGUCCGCGGUAGAAUCAUUGGCAAGGUUGCACACUCCGACCGAGAUAACGGAAGGACGACGAUGGACGUCGCGCCAGUGGACAUCGACGAGGGCACGACAGCUUACGUGGUGAAGGUGGAGAGAAUCUACAAGGGGGAGGGCGUGAUGGGUCUUCAGCGACACGUUGAGGUGAUGAUGAUGAGGAGAGACAAGGAAUGUGCCUUGAAAAGGCUAAGGAAAGGCCACGUCUACAUUUUUACAGGUAACCAUGACGAAACAGGAUUGUAUAACAUUGGAACAUGUGAUUGGGUGAUCGAGUACUCAGAUCUCACCAAAAUGCAGAAACAGGGAGUAAGGUACCUCUACAGGCAAUACUGCAACACAUGUGAGAUCAACCUGUGUUUCAGUGGGAGCUGCAAGCAGCGUAGUCCCACAUCAUGCAUGUGGGAUGUUGCAAGGAUUGGCUACGGAGAUAACCAUUGUGAGGCCAAACAUUCAAGAUGUAUCAGGCUGGGGAAUGGAAAUUGUGGCUGGUUCAAUUCUUUUGGCUUCAAGGGGUGCUACAGGAAUCGCGCAUUAUCACAACAUAACAGAGUGAAAUAACAUUAUACAGGACUACAAAACACAGAAGAACACUGUCUACUAUGAGUGAAAAGUUGAUCUAUGUUGUGAUAUUGUACUCGCUGUAAGAGAUCAAAGCAGUUAUGAAAAUGCGAAGGAGAAUAAUAAAUUUGAAGGAGGAAAAAAAAAGGCAAGAUGAGCGGCCGGGUUAUGCAAUUAGAUUUUAUUUUCCCCGUGUUUGAUGCCCUGGCCUGUAUAAGAUUGAUGUUAAUGAAAAAUCUAAUUGUGCUGUUAAGUGUGUGAUCAAUGUUUAGAUUUGAAAAUGUAAAAUUAAAUACUGUUACCCACAUACUGAUAUAAUUAAUACAAGAAUUAACAAUAAUUAAUAUUCACAUCUCCUUCUCAUGUUUGAUUCAGAUAAAAUUGUACGAUUUGAAUAAAAACAAAAAAUAAAAGACUAUAACUUCUAUUUUUAAAAGAUUUGUUUAAUGUCAGUUUUUACAUUUGCACUAUAGUCAACAAAUAAGUAAAUGAAAUCCUGUAUUGAAUUGAAACCAAAUCAUAUAUUCCUAGUUAACCACAAAAUGUUUGACCAUUCCAGUAUUGAAACUGAAAUAAAGUAUAUCCUUAGCAUUUAUAUCCAUGUAGCUUGAGCUUUUAGCAAAUGUUUAUUCCACAAUGUAGCCCUUUCAAGAGCAAGCAAGGCAUUAUGUAUGCUUAGAUUCAUAUCAUAAUUUAAUAAGAGGUGUACCGGUAUUUAAACAAAAUCCAUGUGUAUCAUGCAUUUUAGUUUUUUUUUUUUCUUGCAGUAAAACCUUUCUUUCAAAAAGUAAAUAUUGUAAGCUCAGCUACUAGAGUUGUUUCAACCUUUUCCAUCAAAUUAUUAAAAGAGGAAAAAAAGAAAAUCGAAAUUUAUACAAUUCUGCAGAUCAGCUUCAGUCAUUCUUCUGCUAUUCUUCCAUUUGAUCUAGACAAUGGAUCAAUAGCACCUUAUUGAAGUCAUUAAUAACUUUUCAUUUAUGACAAAUUCAAAGUUGUGUAGUUCACUCCUGUCAUCUUUUAAAGAAAAUUAAACGUUGAAAAAAAUCUACCUUUUAGUGUACUGAAAAUUUAAUUGAAUGUUUUAUGGGCAAUAGCAGAAAAUGCAAAACACAUUAAACAACACUACAAUAUUGAUAAUCAUGUUUCUUCUAAGAUUAUAUUUGUUUUGGUCUGUUGGUGUGUUUGUUUCACCUGAUAGCUAAGAAAGCAUGUGUAUGCUUGUAACUAAGCAACCAGGGGACCGACAGCUUGAAGUCAUCUCCAAGGGACGUGUUAAUGUUAACUUAUCCAAGUGUAUUAAUCGAUGCAUCAGACUUCAAAAUGUAUUGUUCAUGAAUGGAAACGAAAAAGCAAACAACUUCAUAUUGAUUUUUUGUUCCUCUUAAAAAGGUAACCAUAAUUAUGUAGUGUAAAUGAUAUGUGUUUAAUCAAAUAAGAUUCAAAUAAGUAAAAACAAUGUGUUUGCCCUUUUUCAUAAAGAAUGUAUUCAGAUAUACUAAAGGCAGGACUAGAAGAGAAAAGUUCUAUAUUUCUAAGAACAAAAAUGACCAUCAUUAACAUUUCCUGGCUAUUUCUUCUGCACUAUUUUUGCUUGUUUUGCAAAUGGAAAUGUGUAAAUAUGUACUAAAUAUUAUUUUCUUUAUCUGACUGCUGUACAGAUGUAUACAAUGUAAAUAGGAAAGUGCACAUUUUUGCACAGUGUUUAUAUAUUUUGUAAAUAAAUGGUUGAAUAAACAUCUACUUGGUUCUU